AUGAGUCGCAUAGAUCAACUUUUGUCCAUAGUUGAAAAUCUUGAACGAAAGACUGAUUGUAUAUUAUCAAAUUUUCAAACCACAAAUGAAUUAUCUAACAAGAUAGACCAUUUAAAUGAUCAAUUAUCGACCUUUGACAUUCGUAUCAAUGACACAAACAACUUGAUCAUCAAGAAAUUCGAGUUCUUAAAUGGAUAUAAUGAUUUGUUAUUAAGAACCAAUAUGUUUGAAUUAAAUGUUCAUAAUAACGACCCUUUGACCAAUCAACAUAUCUUAUUGAAUUUAGAUCAUGAAUACCAACAGUUGAAGGCAAAAUAUGGCGUAGAGCCAUCUUUCAAGGCAGAAAGUAUCCCUAUGAUUCCACCUCAAGAGUUCAAAUCUCCAAUGAAAUCAAGAAGUCAAAAACUCAGAGCUUCGUUAUCGAUAUCGAACUUAUCAUUGAAGCCUAUGAAAUGUAAGCCUAAUAAGAUUUAUAAGAAGAAAUCCCAUUAUAAGAUAUCCAAUGUUUUCGAUAAGCCUGUGGUGAGUCCUAUAGUUGAGCAAGGUAGUUUUGAUGAUAGCAUACAUGAGAAUUCCAAAGAAUCAGACUUUUCGAUUGACUUUGCUGAUAUGAUAGAUAGAGAUAAGUCCAUACUGCCUACAGUUGUGGGAGUUCAAUCACAAGAUCAAAUACAAGAUCAAAUACAAGAUCAAUCACAGGAUCUGUCACAACCUCAUUUGGAUAAUGAUUUCAAUACUGAAAGCAUUCAGUACAAGCUAGAUUCAAAGAGUUCGUUAAGUCAGCAGAACCUCCUCAACCUUCAAACCCAUCAUCUACAAACUCAAAAUCUCCAAAGCCUUCACAGUAUUGAAACCAAUUUGAGUCAUUCCGAUUCCUCAUUAUUGGAUAGAUUGGACUCCGAUACUCCAGACACUUUCACCAGUGAAAAUGCCAUUGAUGAAAUAUUCGAUAUAAACUCUGAACCAAUGAUCAAAUCAACUAACUACGAUGUGUUUGAUGACAACGAGUCGACGAUUCUGAAUGAAUCAAACUUUGAAAAUUUCGAGAACUACUUAAGAAAGUCAAGGAUUAAUCUUAACCUGUCGAGUUAUCCAUAUAUCUUGAAGACCACCACCAGUGAAUCAAGCAUUAACUUCAAAACUGAUUUAUUUGAUGGGGUGGUAAUAAAUAAUGAUAGUUUUAGCUCAGAUGAGUCUAAACUUCCUUACACAGAUCCAUCAUCUCCUACACCAAGAAGGUUGCGAUCACCAGAAAUCGAUAUCGAUAGAUUCCAUAAUCCUAUAGAUAACCUUAAGAUAGCCAAUGAAAGCGUGACGCCGACUAUUGAACAGAUCUAUUCUACCUUCAAUUCUGAAGGUGAUACCAAAACUUUGUUGAACAAAGUUAUGAAUAAUACCCCAUCCAAACCAUUUCUGUUCCUUAAUCUUUUGAACGAUAAAGAUAAUAAGGAUCCUAAGAACCCCAAGGAACCUAUAGAGCGUAGGAAAUCCGUUGGUUCUAGCUUGAACAAUUUCCUUUCAUUAAUGACAUCCGAAUCACCUAAACAAAUCCAAGGUAUUACCAAACUGAACCUCGACACUGGUAAGAAAGAUCCUCCAACUCCGGGCCAAAGAAGAAGGAAACGAAUAAAUAAACUCGACGAGUUAAAGAACGUCCCCAAAACUAACCCUAUCACUGUGAUGAACGAAUUACAAAUAAAAAGAUUACCUCCAAGUCUAACAUGUUUAUCACCAAAGUCUUUAUCCACUAGGACCUUAUCCUCAUCAUCGAAAGUCAUAAUUGAUAGUAACAAGUCGUUUUUCAUUCACGGAGACAAGUCCAUAUUCAAUACUCCAGUACUAAGUAACUUCAGUAACCGUUCAUUGCAAGAUGCGUUACAUAGUAGUUUAUCGUAUUAG